AUGACAAACACUAGAGAAUUAUUAUCAACAGUCCUGCCUUCAGAGAUAAUUAAUAAAUUAUUUGAUUUGAAUUUAUUGAAUCCUGUUUGGUCAUAUUCUUUUAUAAGAGGAACAUUACUCAGUACAUCAAUUGCUGCAUUUAUAUAUUUUAUUAAAAGAAUGAGUGAAAAAAAAAUUUUACCACCAAAAGGAGUUUCUAGAGAUCAUCAAAGUGUUGAAGUUCCAGGGCAAAUAGGAGUUUUUAAAAGUUCUUUAUUAGAAAAAGAUGAAGAUUUAUAUAUUGAAACAUCAAUUCCAUCUGUUACAACAUUAUGUGAAGCAUUUGAACAUGGUUUAGCUAAAAGAGGUAGAAAUAAUAAAUGUUUAGGAUAUCAUGAAACAAAAACUGGACCAUAUAAAUGGUAUACAUAUGGUGAGGUUGAAGAUAUGGCUCAAAAUAUUGGAAAUGCUAUUGUACAAAAGUUAGGUAUUGUUCCAUCAAAUGAUUCACAUAUCGGAAUUUAUGCUAUUAAUUGCCCAGAAUGGAUAAUUACAGCACUUGGUUGUGCCAAACAAUCAAUUGUAGUUGUUCCACUUUAUGACACACUUGGAGCAGAUGCAGCAAGUUUUAUUGUCCAACAAACAGAAAUUAGUGUAAUUGUUGUUGAUAAUCUUGAAAAAGUAAAUAAUUUACUUGAAAAUAAAGAAAAUUUACCAUCAUUAAAAAAUAUUAUUGUCAUUCAAGAAUAUGAAAUUGAUGAUAAUCUUUUCCAAAAAGGAAAAAAUGUUGGAGUUGAAAUUUUACCAUGGCAAAAGUUAGAAAGUCUUGGUUCUGAAUGUACAAAUAAAGUUAAUCUUCCAAAAAAAGAUGAUACUUAUAUUAUUUGUUAUACAUCUGGUACAACUGGAACACCUAAAGGUGUAAUUUUAACACAUAAAAAUCUUGUUGCUAAUAUGUCAGGUUUCCUUAGAAUUAUGGAUAGAUUUUCUCCAGAAUUUGCCAAUGAAGAACAUACAAUAAUAUCUUUUCUUCCACUUUCACAUAUGUUUGAACAAGUAAAUCAUUGGUCAUGUUUAACUUUAGGAUUUCAAAUAGGUUAUUUUAGAGGAAAAAUUCAAGAGUUGACGUAUGAUAUGAAAGCUCUUAAACCCACAAUUUUUCCUGCUGUACCAAGAUUAUUAAAUAGAUUUUAUGAUCUUAUACAAAAAAAUGUUCAUAAUUCAGGAUUUAUUAAAAGAGCUAUAUUUAAUUUAGCAUAUAAUAGAAAAAUAGCACAAUUAAAAAGAUAUACUAUUAAUAGAGAAACAAUAUGGGAUAAAUUAAUUUUUAAAAAAAUUCAAGAAAAUAUUGGUGGAAGAGUACAAUAUAUGAUUACUGGAUCAGCUCCUAUUUCAGCAGAGGUUCUUGAAACUUGUAGAGUAGCAUUAGGUGCUACAAUUUUAGAAGGAUAUGGACAAACAGAGUGUACUGCAUUAUGUACUUUAACAUUUCCAGGUGAUUAUACUGGUGGACAUACUGGAAGUCCUGCUGCAUGUAAUAUUAUAAAAUUAGGAGAUGUUCCAGAAUUGAAUUAUUUUGCCAAAGAUAGAUGUGGUGAAGUUUUAAUUAAAGGUCCAAAUGUAACAAAAGGAUAUUAUAAAAAUCCAGAAAAAACAGCAGAAUUAUUUAAUGAAGAGGGAUUCCUUCAAACUGGAGAUAUUGGUAGAGUUUUGCCUGAUGGUACAUUAAAAAUUAUUGAUCGUAAAAAGCAUAUAUUAAAAUUGGCUCAAGGAGAGUAUGUUGCACCAGAAAAAAUUGAAAAUAUUUAUGUUCGUUGUGAUUCUGUUCAACAGGUAUUUGUGGAAGGAGACUCUCUUGAAACAUAUCUUAUAGCUAUUAUUGUUCCUGAUAUGGAAAGUAUAAAAAAAUGGUAUCAUGGACAUGUAAAAUCACCUGCCUCAUCUGAAGAUAUAUGUAAUGAUCCACAAACAAUAUCACAUGUAUUAUCAGAAUUACAGACAAUUGGUAAAGAAAUGAAACUUAAUAGUAUUGAACAAGUGAAAGCAAUUCACAUUGACUUAAAUCCUUUUACUGUUGAAAAUGGACUUUUAACACCAACUCUUAAAUCAAAACGACCCCAAUUAAGGUCAUAUUAUAAUGAAAUUAUUAAAGAAUUAUAUAAAAGUACUAAUGCUACUUUAGCUAAAAAAUAA